AUUGCACUGAGUGACAGGAAGGGCUGGAGCCAGGAUUCACCCCUUCCCAGAAGUCAUUUGAGGGUUGGCAGUGGAGGUGAGGGUAUCUCUCUGAAGAUCCCUGCCUCCCCGAGGCCUUCUGAAGAUACAGGAACAUCACAGCUGCAGUUUGGAGUUCUGGAGCUCUCAGAGAGCCAGGACCUGGAGAGUGAUGACGCACCCGAUGAAGAUGUUAGGAAUCAGCUUCACUCUGGAGCAGCUAUCUUUUCUUCUUCCAGAACUGUGAAGAGUGAUAUUAAGGAUGAACUGAAUGUCAAAAGCAGGGAAACUGUCAGCAGCAUAGAAACGUGUUCUGCUUUGGAGGGCCAACUGAAGGCAUUUAAAGGAACACUGCUGGAUGCAGAAGAACGUUCCAGGAAAGAGAUGCCUGUCUCUGAUUCGCCUAAAACUGAGAAAUGUAUUGACCCUGGCCACGAGGAGUUGGACAUCUUGUCGACUCAGGAAGAGAUGUUUCCUGAAAAUAAUGUACCAGGGAGUGACUGCCUUGUAACCAGAGUGGAAGAGGGAAGUUCUCUGGCAUGUACCCCUGCCCGCAGCCUGCACCUCCUGCAGCUCUCUGGACAGGGAUCCCUUGUACAGGAGAGCUGUUCCACUGGCUCUCCAGGUGUAGUUGUUCCUUCUCCUGUUGGCCUAGCAUCCAAUGCUCUCAUCCCUGGCAGUCCUACUGAACAGGACCAAUCAAAAGAUGAACAUGUGGAUGUCUCUACCACUGCAGAAGGGAGAGAGCUGGUGCAGAAGGGACAGAAGGAAAAGAGACUGAUGCAGGAGGAGCAGAAGAGAGAUGAGCUAGUGGAGAUGGUUAUUCCCCCAGGGCCUCCUGUCCUGCCACAGGCUUCAACUCCAGUGUCCCAGACUGCCCCAGCCUUCUUUCCUGAAUCUCUACCUAUACCAUCACAACCAGUGUUCUCUCAUGAUAUCUUUGUUCCAACUCAGAGUCCAGAGAAGAGUGAGGGAGAAGAAAAAGCUGCUGUUUCAACUUAUUCAUGUAUGCCAGGACACCUUUCUGGACCCACAGAUACUUUGUCAAAGAUGCCUGUGGAAGACUCUGUGUCACAGCCUUCUGAGUCCUGUAAUCUGAUGCUUUCUGCAAGUGGAUGCAGCCAGCCCACAAACACAGAAAUCAGUUCAGACUCUCUGAAAACUGGCCAUGAUAACGAAGCUACGCAGAUCCAGAUAACUUCUGAAUGUAGUAUUUCAGAAAUCAGACUUUCUUCUGUGGAGAACAAUGACAGAAAAAUGAGACUGGAUGCAGGCCAUCAAGCCCUCUCUGAGAACUGUGAAAAACCAAAAAAGGAGGAUAUACGUACGGCAGGAAAGCCUGUCAUGCAGUUAGGUAGUGCAGAAACAGCAGGAGAUGAGACAUUAGGCCCUACAGCCCAUCAGGCUCACAGGUGUAUUUCUGGAAGUCAGGCUGCUGCAGAUCAGUCUCGCCAUGAAAUUUCAUCCUGUGGUGAUGGAAAAGAAGGUCAGUUAAAGGGUUAUUCACUGAAGGAGAGCUCUCAAUAUGAGUCAGUUCCUGAGACUCAGCCUGAAGAACAGGAAGAGAAGAUGCACGUAGAAGAGAAGCAAAUGAAUGAAGAUGAGUCUCUUGUUAACAUGACAGUUUCUCAGAGGUUCCUUCUUGAAGGGAAGGAAGAGCACCACGAAGAGAUGGAAGUAGAAUUUGCUGGUGGUUCUUGUGAAAAUAGCAAAGAACUGUCUGUCAAGACUCAAGAACUUGGAAAGAUUAGACCAGAAUGCUGCCGAAAAGAAACUUUAAAAGAUGGUACUUUUGGCACUGGAGAAGCAAAGAAUGUGGAUAAACUGUCCUUUAAAGCUGCUUCAGAAAGCAUGCCGAAGCUGAAUGAAGUUUUAUCUAAGCCUUCUGUAGGGGAGUUAUUAGAACAGCACAAUUUGUUUCCUAAAUUAAAGGUUGACAUUCCAUCUGAGAUGGCAUUGUGUGCCAAAAGCCAUGCAGAAAGUUCAGAAUUACAUCAGAUAAUGGACACUCAACCAUCACAGCAAGAGAGGGAAGCUGACAUACUGAUGACUCAGAAGGAGAAUCAGGUGCCAAAGACUACAGCAAUUACUGCUAUGACAGUGAAUCUGGAGCAAGAAGAGCAGAUGCAGCCAGAGAAGCAGACAGCUGCUAUGUCCCCCAGUCCUUCCAAUGGAACACCAUUUCAUUUCACUUUGCCAAAGGAGGGUGAUACCAUUCAACCGCUGACCAGUGUAACACCACCUCUCACUGGCCAACUUAAAAUGGGACCUAGAAGACACAGCACACCAAUUGUGGAUGAUAGUUGUCCAGACAGCACGAUAGCAACUAGUGAUGUUACAGCAGAGGGCACAAUGGGGACCAACAGUGUCACCGUGGAAAGUGCAGUGGUGUCAGCAGAUGUGUCAGAAGUGUGUGAAAAAGGAGAUUCUUGUGCAGUUCCUGAGGCUGAUGUAAAACUCUCUCUACGAAUGAACCUUGUUACCCCCAUGAACGAUGGGAGCGAUGAGUCCCUACCAUUCAGCUUGGAAAAGCCCACAGCCAGUGAUAGGAAAACUGGAUCCUCUGCUGCUGCCAGCUCCCAGAAAGCAUCAUCUGUAUUUAGUCGUGUCUGUGAAGUUCGGCGAGAGGAGGAGGCUAGAGACCACAGCCUUUCAGCUUCUCCAUUUAGGGAAAAUCUAUUCAGCUUUCCUGGCACAGAAAAGAAUGCUGAAAUACGUGAAAAUCCUAGUGAUCAGCAACACAGAGCAGAUGGUGAUGAACGGCUCCUAAUACUUCAGAGACUGCAGCAGGGCUGCCAUCAACAACCUCCUUGUACAGAGCAGAAAGAGUCGGUGGAGGCUGGUAUUGUAAUAACAACUCAGAUAGAAGAAGGGGCAAGAAUGCAACAGAAACCAAGUAAGGUGGUUGCAGUUGAUGAAAGCCAAGGGAAGCAGGCUGAUACCAAUAAUAAAGGGAUUCAAACUACAGCAGACUGUCUUUUUACCCCAACAACUGUUACAACAGCAACACAGACAGCAGAAGGAACUUAUAGGCGAGUGGAUGUGGGAACCAGUAUGUGUGGGCAAAGACCUGGGCGACAAGAUGUAAACAUCCAAACUGAGGAGGGUGGACAAAAGCUUGUGAAUACCUCUGCGGAAGACACAGACUCUCUACACAGUCAGGGAGAGGAUGAAUUUAACCUUCAUCCUCCCAGAGGUCAGGUUCAGCGCCGCCACGUGCGAACUAUUCGAGAGGUGCGCACUGUGGUUACCCGCAUUACAACAGAUGUUUACUACAUAAAUGGUGCAGAGGUGGAACGGAAGGUAGUUGAGGAAACUGAGGAGCCUGUAGUGGAGUGCCAGGAGUGUGAGACUGACACGUCCUCCUCUAGAACUACAGUUGGCUCAUCGCUGACUUCAGGGGACCUUGGUGAUGUCAGCUCCUUUUCUUCUAAGGCCUCAAGCCUCCACCGCACAUCCAGUGGAGCAAGCAGCAGUCUCUCUGCCACACACAGCAGCAGUUCAGCACGAGGAACUGGAGCUGUCAAAGGGAAAGUGUGCAGUACAGAAAGUGGAGAGUUUGCUUUACCUAUUGGCAGAGGUGUCUUAGGAAAACUAAGGUAUGUGCAGGGCCUCGAAUGGAAGAUAAGAUAUUUUACAGAAGUGAACAGCUGGCUUGGGUGGAAUUUGAAGCAGGGUAGACUCUAAACCAGGGAUUUUUAU